AUCGACAUCGGCGUCCGACAUCGACAUCGACAUCGACACAGACAUUGACCUGACUGACGCCCGGGCUUUCCUUCUUCUUUGUUCCCCCUUUACAAUAGGCACGCCUUGACUCUUUGCACACAAACAACCCAGGCCAAAGCCAACCGUCUGUCUAGGUAGAGCCUCGUUGUCCCCCUCGGGCAUCCCAGCUCCCGACCGUCGCUGAACUUGAUUAUUCUCGUCCACCUCACCGGCCGACGUCCAGCUUUUCUCUCCCUCCCCCUCUCCCUCACUCCCUCCUCCCUCUUUCCCUCCCUCUUCUCUCUUUUCCCUCCAUCUGCUUCUCCUUCUGCUCCUCCCUACCUCCCUCUUUUGCACGAUUUCCCUUGGCCACAGAGUCCAAGAGAAGGAGAGGAUCUAGGCCAGGUUUCUUGCGCCAGAUCACGUGAAAACACGCGAUAUUCUAUCGCAGCCAACCGCAACCGCAGCCGCAGCCGCAUCCGCGUCUGCAGCACCGCAACCCUUACCUCGCAAUCUCCUCGUCAGCCAUUCAAUCAAAUCAGUGUGCGGUCCACCGCACAACACUGCAUCACAAUCCAACCCCGUCUCAGUUCAAUCCAGCCAGUCCAGUCCACUUCAGGUCAUCUCGCUGAGAACAUCACCAAUCCGCUUCAAAAACCUAAGGGCAAUCAAUAUUGGCAGACGGUUCACCUUCAUCCCCUCACCGACUUACUUAUCACCCUUUUUCACCCUUUCUCCUUUGAAUUACCGGGACUCUGGACCGGCCUGACGGUUGAAGCUUCCCCCGGCGGGAAUUCGUUUGCCCAGCAGCACCAUCCUUACUACACUCCGACCCCCGCGGGCGAUUGGACUGCAACAUACCAUACCGAUAUCACCCCCGGAUCCCUCCGGCCUAUAGUUCGCGAAGCGCAGACCUAAUCAACAGCAGCCAACGACAUCUAACACGACCAACCGUCUAGUCUUUCGUAUCUCUCCUCAAGUCACCCCCAAGUUCCCACCCCACCCACCGCCUGCGCCGCUAUUACUUACUCAAUUGUCCUCCUUCCCUAUACCUGUCCUUCUUCCCCUUGUUACACACUAAGCGGCUUUGUCCCACACACAAACACACAUACACACACUCACUCACUCACUCACACUCACCUUACCUCACCUGUGGUCGACCACCUUUCGGGGUCUUCCGGCUCACCUACCUGCAUACCUAGGUAUCUACCUGUCUGGCAUCCUGGACCUGUAACACCCGUCUGGCUGGGUACAAUACGGGCACAAGCACCUAAAGGUUGUAUUGCACUGGUCAACGCAACAUUUUUGGCUGCUCCACACACAACAUUCGGACUCGGACUCGGACUCUGACGCCAACGCCAACACAACGCAGCGACUUGAUUUACAUUCUACCUCCCCAUCAUCUUCAAUGCGAAACCGCAGCCUUGUCUGGACCGGUCGCACAAUCGUGCUGGAGUAAUCUCAGUUUUCUACCUACUCAGCCUCCCUCGGAUACGACUCAUAUCUAAAAGAUACAGAACCACAAUUCAUUAUCCUGGAUGAACCACAGCCUCGACUCAUUCGUACCAAAUCCACGCCCGGUGUGAAUUGACACCCACCCUUUCGCCUCACCACAACCCCGAUUGGGUCGCCGCCACUAUGCACCUCGACCCCGGCGACGGCAGGCGCUUGACGUCACAAGAUGAGGAAAGCUACUGGCAAUCGGUGAAAAUGCUGCAAAAAGAAGACGACGAGAGGAUGGAGAGUGACCUCGUGGCUAACACCAAGUAUUACAUGGCCCGCCUGACGGAUCUGAACCACCAGAAGCAGGAGCUCGAGAGACGUGCGCUUGAGGUCCACCGCGCCAUCAGUCGAGAACACAAGAGCCUGGAGGACCUCACCAACCGUUUUCAAGAAGCGAGGAUGGACCUUCAGCUCCAGCGCGAGAACCAUCACAGGGUUGUGGCCGCCUGGUUCGCCGAGGAACAUCGCAAGGAGAACGACGAGCGAGCGAGGAUCGCCGCCGCCGCCCUUGCCGCACCCUCGCAUCGCCAUGCCGCGUCCGCGGAAAACACGCAGGCCAUCAAGGCGCCAAACGGAAUCCCUAGCGGAAUCCCCAAUGGAAUCCCCAAUGGAAUCCCCAAUGGAAUCCCAAAUGGAAUCCCCAACGGAAUUCCCAAUCUACCCAACGGUGCGAUGCUGAAUAACGGAGACCAUCGCAACGGCCCUCACCCGUCGAUCCCCGUCCCUGGCAGGCCUGACCAGCCGCCGCUUACGAUGAUUAUGGAUGCACUAGGUCGCUCCAUCGGCCCCGUGAAUCGCCUCCUGUCCAGUAACAGGUCCGUCAUAUUUCUGUCUGGUCUGCCCCAGAAGAGGGCGGUGCAGCUUCGCCCAGGCGUCGUGCUCGGCCAGCAAGACUUGAAGCAACUUGGUGAAGCCGAGGAGAAGUGGAUGGGCGCCGUCAUCCAGGCGACUGGUCUCGUACGGAAACAAUCCCAGCAGUGUAAUAUGUGUGCCAGGGGCCAAGGUCCUUUUGCCCAAUGCAUCGGCCUUGACAUGCCCGAGUUCCAGGCGUGCGGUAACUGCAUGUGGCAGAGGACAAACUGCUGCGAGCCAUUGGCGGCAGAGCAAACGCCAACCAUCACCAAGUUCAGGGCCUUCAACGCGCCUACACAAGACCCCCAGGGUGACCGGGGCCCCGUAAACGGCAACUUCAACGGCUCUACCACUCCCGCCUCCCUCAGUCGGCCCAACUCCCGAGACAAGAGCUUUCUUGAGGGCUCAACCGCCACGGACGAGACGGAAGAGGACCUGACGCCCAUCACCAAGGCAACCCUCACCCUCAAACACGACGGGACUGUCUACACCCACCCAGAGUGCAUGGAAGGUGUCCCCGUCGGCAAAAUCGACCAGAAUCACCCUUACUGGGAUCAGUCCUGGCCCGAAAUCGCGCCAACAAUUGAGCCAACCCUGCAGACGUGGCGAGACAAGCUGCAGGCCGCCCUCGAAAAGGGGCAGAACAGCAUGAAGUUCCAGCUCGGCCGACAGGUGAACCGUGGAGAGACCAUUCUCAAGUUCCUGGAAGACGCCGACUUCUGCCCCUACCAACUGGUGGCCAAGAAGUACAUGAUGACUCGCCUGGUUUCUUACGACACCAUCUUCCGCCUGGCUGACACCCUACGGACCCUGGAAGGCUUUAAGACGCUCGACAUUACCCCGUUGGAAUGGCUGCGGCAGCGUCUACAGGAGAUCAUCACGGCCGAAGGCCCCAGCUUCAACCUCGCCAAGACCAUUCACGACUUUUAUCACGAUUCCAAGUACGUCGCUCUGCGGCUCGCCAACGGCAAGAAGAGCAUCGGUAGACCGUCGGGCAUGAAGAUGACGCCAAAGGAAUCGCCCAACUCGACCAAGGGCACGCCGAAUAUGAAGAAGCGCAAGCUCUUCAUUAGCGAGGAGUUCCCUGGCGCCUCACAGCGUCCGCUUGCGCCCACGCCCACGACGGCACAUUAUCCCCACCCUCAGCCGCUCUUGCAAUCGCAGUCCCAUGUUUUCCAUGAGGAGCCACAACGGAGCGCGCCACCGACGCCCGAGUUGGCCAGGCCGUACAAGAAGUUCAAGAUGUAUCAGGGCCCCAGGAAAGCCAAGGACCCGGAUCUCGAAUACGAUGGCUUCACCGACAUUGACGAGUUCAGCGGCGACCAUAUUGGCAACCACGACUGGGCGCUGAACCGAAUCAAGUCCCGCCUAAACACCGCUAGUACCGGUGUGACGCAGUACUGGCACUGGAUCCCCGACGGUGGCGAGGAAGUUUUCGAGCAUCAAGUGCUUGCCGAAGGAGACAACUGUACCUGGGGCAUAUACCGCAAGCCGAUCAACUUCCAUUUGGAGUUGGAGCAUAUUCAGGAGAUGCGAUGGGCCACCGAAACGCUCAAAGUCAUCGUUGUGUGUAAGGAUGGCGCUGUAUCUUCGCCCACCGGUGAGCCGAGAGGAAACCUCAUGGCCGAGUUCAAGCGAGAUCGCACCAAGAGGCGCUUUUUAGACUUCUGCAGUAAGAAAGGCGUCGCGUUGGUCAAGGUCGAGGCAGACGCCAUUGAGAAGGCUUGGGACGAAUACGAGUCCCUCGAAGUCCUGGCCAUGGGCGAUUCUGAGAUCGAUUAGAGGCUUCCUUCCGGUGGGCUCGCAAUUCACGUCGACGCACGUCGAUGCAGAUGGCGAUUGACGUUUUGUUUGUUGCCUUGAGAGCGGAGAACGGUGGAGAUACCCCCUUGGUUUCUGAUUUCUGGCUUCUGGCUUCUGGCUUCCGGCUUCUGGCUUCUUUGGGCCUUGACUUUUAGUGUGCUCGACUGCGCGGGCGUUUUGGGCGGAUUGUACAGGCAGCAGACAGGGCACUGCUAGAUACGGGAUGACUGCACGCGUUCCGGUCGGUAUGCAUGCGAGGCGAGGUCAUCGCCAAGGCUUGGCCGAUUGCCAUGAUCGUAGUGGUAGCGGAGUUCAAGGUUUUCUGCGACAUGCCUUUUUGGCUGUCUGACAGCAUCUGCCUUCUUUCUUUUCUUGUUUUUUUUAGUUCCGUCCUUGUGUGGAGGCUCUGUAUCAGAGUCUAUCUGCAACAGCAUCCAUCUUUUAGCCAGGAGACGCGAUACUUAGACAGAGUGAGUGGUCUCGGGAGCCCACCGAAUCAAAGUCAUUUCACGAGAGGGCCUGUGCAAGGUACCAGGUACCUAUCUGCAAGGUAGCGAUGAGGCCGUCAUUAGCAAGUGCACGCAC